AUGGACAAACAUAUUGGCCCGAGUCUAUGGACCUCGGCCUCCAGCCGAAGCCGAGAAAACACCAAGGAGCACCGCGACCCGAACCUCGACCUCUCCCUCCCCUACCGCACCCUGACCGCCGACGCCAACCUGGCCGAGUACAUCACCGAGACCCCCUCCGGCACUAUCCCCGGCCCCCCCAUAUCUCGCACCGCCACCGAGCCCGACGCCCCGCGCUACAAGCUCGUCACCUUCCAGCCUCGCGACCCCGAGAACCCGCGGAACUGGAGUUCGUGGUACCGGUGGUACUGCACCAUGGUCGUGGCUGUUACUUGCUUCGUCGUUGCGUUCUGUUCCAGCGUCAUCACGCCUGGUAUAUCUGAGCUGGCCGAGGAGUUUGCUAUUAGCAAUGUUGCGGCGUUGUUAAGCGUUACUGUUUUUGUUGUUGGCUUCGGCGUUGGUCCCAUGGCAUUCGCGCCCUUGUCAGAGAUUUAUGGCCGCAGAAUUAUAUACGGCUCGACCCUUCUCCUGGCCGUCAUAUUCAUCAUUCCAUGCGCCCUGGCCAAGAAUCUUGGCACGCUCAUCGUCUGCCGCGCCAUUGAUGGCAUCGCUUUCUCCGCUCCAAUGACCCUCGUAGGAGGUACCCUCGCCGACCUGUGGAAGAACGAGGAGCGUGGCGUCCCUAUGGCUGCUUUUUCAGCCGCUCCUUUCCUCGGCCCAGCAAUCGGUCCCCUCGUAGGAGGCUACCUCGUCGAAGCCAAAGGCUGGCGCUGGACCUACUGGCUCCAGCUCAUCCUCGCCGGCGCCGUCUGGAUCCUCAUCACCUUCACCGUCCCCGAGACCUACGCCCCGACCCUCCUCGCCAGCCGCGCCCGCCGCCUACGCAAGGAGACCGGCGAUCCCACGCCCGCCACCGAAACCGACCUCGACCUCCGGCCCCUCUCGUCCCGCCUCGCCAUCUUCCUCAUCCGCCCCUUCCAGCUGCUCUUCCGCGAGCUCAUCGUCCUCCUCAUCAGCCUGUACAUGUCCGUCCUGUACGGCCUCCUCUACAUGUUCUUCAUCGCCUACCCCAUCGUCUACCAACAGGGCAAGGGCUGGUCCGCGGGGACGACGGGCCUCAUGUUCAUCCCCCUCGCCGUCGGCGUGGUCCUCAGCGCCGCCUGCUCCCCGCUGGUGAACAGGCACUACCUCACCCUCGUGGCCAAGCACGGCGGCAACCCCCCGGCCGAGGUCCGGCUGAUCCCCAUGAUGCUGAGCUGCUGGUUCAUUCCCAUGGGCCUGUUCAUCUUCGCCUGGUCGUCGUACCCGCACGUGCACUGGGCGGGCCCUAUGAUGGGCGGCCUCCCCGUCGGGUUCGGGUUUAUCUUCCUGUACAACGCGGCCAACAACUACCUCGUCGACUCGUACCAGCACCAGGCCGCCUCGGCUUUGGCGGCCAAGACUUUCAUCCGGUCGCUCUGGGGUGCUGCCGUCGUGCUCUUUACCCGCCAGAUGUACGACCGCCUCGGGUACCAGUGGGCUUCGACCUUGAUUUCGUUCCUCGCCCUGGCUUGCUGUGCGAUUCCUUUCUUGUUCUGGAGGUAUGGGGCUAGGAUCCGCGCGAGGAGCAAGUAUGCCUAUUCUGGUGAUGAUGAGGAAAUGUCCGGCUCGUCUGAUGAGGAAAAGGGGAAGAGUUCGGGUUCUGCCCCUCGGGGCGGUCCUUUGCGGAAUGAAGAUAUGGAUCAGGAUCUGAGGAGAGCGCGGAGCUAUGUUAGCAACCCAUAA